CACACUGACAGAAGCAGAUUCUGAUUUUUACGAGGUAGUUGUUUUGGUUGGUUGAUGGUGAUUCUCCUCCAGGAAAAGUAGAAAAUUAUCCACGAAAUCGGUGCCGGAACGAUGCUACGACGGUUUGAUCGGAUAGCUCUGCUGCGGAGGGUGAAUCGUACGGUGGUCAACAAGUGGGUUAGCACCUGGUCCCCGUUGACCACGGCGUUCAACACUCGACCCGAGAAGCGGAUCAAUUUCACCAAGAAUGAAGUUGGUCUGUUCAACAUUCCGGAACUGACCAGCUAUGAGGGAUUCUACGCGCUGAAGGAGAAAGCGAUCUUCAAGACGGAGGAUCUCAUUGAAGAGGCUACAUCGCCGCAGCGAACUCGGAAGAUGGUGACCAUUUUCGAUGAACUGUCGGACACACUUUGCAAGGUGGCCGAUUUGGCCGAGUUCAUUCGGCUGGCACAUCCCCAGAGCCACUACAGUCAUGCGGCGGAGGACGCUUGCAUUACGAUUAGUGGGAUCGUGGAGAAGCUUAAUACUCAUAAAAGGUUGUAUAAAGCCUUGAAGCAGGUAGUCGAUGAAAACGACUCGAUGGAAACUACCGACGUGGAUAAGCAUGUGGCCGAAUUGUUCCUGUUCGAUUUUGAACAGUGUGGAAUUCAUUUAAAGGAAAAUGACCGCAAAAAAGUCGUCUUCCUAAACGAUUGCAUUCUUCAGCUAGGUCAAAGGUUCAUGGCUGGAGCUGUCCAUCCUAGAACUAUAAAGAAAAGUGUCCUGCCGGAGGCUAUCAGGCCGUUUUUCUCGACCGAUGGAGACAACAUCUUGGUCUCCGGUUUGUACGCAGAUUCUUCAAAUAACAUGGCCAGAGAGGCAGCCUACAGACUAUUUCUGUUUCCGGAUCAGCACCAAGAGCAGCUCUUAUCAGAAUUGCUGAAAUCCCGCCAUGACUUGGCCACCACAUGCGGGUUUAAAACGUACGCUCAUAGAGCCUUAAAGGCCAGCACCGUAGAGACCCCGGAGAUGGUAAACGAGUUCCUUCAGACCCUCAACGAAGAGCUGAAACCUCGUGCAGAACGUGAUUUCGCUUUGAUGCAGAAAAUGAAAAAUGCCGAGAACCGUUUCGAGUCUCCAUUGGCGACCUGGGACACGCCCUAUUUCACGUCUUCCCUCAAAAAACGCUGCCUCCAAGCGUCAGCAUCGGAGUUCUCACCUUACUUCUCGCUUGGAGCUUGCAUGGAAGGGUUAAAUUUACUGAUGAAAAGCCUCUACGGCAUCAGCUUGGAGAACACAGAGAUGGAACCAGGCGAGAGCUGGUCCCAUGACAUCUACAAACUAGCCGUAACUCACGAAUCCGAAGGCCUCCUCGGGCACAUCUACUGUGAUCUAUUCGAGCGGCCCGGGAAGCCCAACCAAGACUGCCAUUUCACCAUUCAGGGCGGCAAAGUGAUGCCAGACGGAUCCUAUCAGAACCCUAUUGUCGUAGUUAUGCUUAAUCUGUCACAGCCCCGCUGGUCCGGGCCUACGCUUCUUACGCCUUCUAUGGUGGACAACCUGUUCCACGAAAUGGGCCACGCCAUGCACUCGAUGUUGGCCCGAACUGAGUACCAACACGUCACCGGAACUCGCUGCAGCACAGAUUUCGCCGAAGUUCCAUCGGUCCUCAUGGAAUACUUUGCCAGCGAUCCUCGCGUCCUGCGAACCUUUGCCAAGCACUUCCAAACCCAGGAACCCAUGCCAGAAGAGAUGCUUGAACGCCUUUGCGCUUCCAAGCACCUCUUCUCAUCCAGCGAAACGCAACUUCAGGUAUUCUACUCGGCGCUCGAUCAGGUCUACCACGGCGAUCCGUCCCGCCAUCAGUCGAACACCACUGAAACGCUUCGCACCGUUCAGGAACAGUUCUACGGACUUCCCUACGUGGAAAACACGGCCUGGCAGCUGCGGUUCUCCCAUCUGGUCGGCUACGGUGCCAAGUACUACUCCUACCUGAUUUCGCGGGCCGUGGCCUCAUGGAUUUGGCAGACCUACUUCGAGAAGGAUCCGCUCAGCCGAAGCCAAGGCGAAAAGUACCGGCGGGGAUGUCUUGCCUACGGUGGUGGCAUCCCGAGCAGACUGCUCGUUUCGAACUUCCUCGGCCGGGAAGUGACCCCGCAUUUGACGAAGAGUCUUAUCAACGAGAUCGAUGCCUACAGCGAGCAGUUGAAGGAUUUCGAGAAGCACAUUCGAUAGGUGUGGAGGACAGAUACAGGACGAGUUUAGUGUUAAGGUGAAGAUAAAUCGAAGCCAAACUCCAAAUUUUCAAGAGCACGGAUCUAAAGAACCAAACAUCCGUUUAA